CUGCGACACCUCCGCUCUCUGCUCUCUGCUCUCUGCUCUCCGCUCCCUAACGGCCUAGGACCUUUUAACCUCCCUCUGUCCAUCUCUUGGAACCAUGCACACUGCAUGUCCAAACCUCUCCUCCGUAUCCCGUAUACGGGCCCCCUCCCGGCGCCGCGAUCAUCCCACCCUCCGCGGCGACCAAACAUGGAGCGAUUGCGGCGUUGGCAAAGUUCCUAACCUCACCACUACCCUCUUCCCACACGAGCAUCAACGACGGAAAUAAAUCCACAGGCAGUAAUCAAGAGAAGCCACGCACCAUCCUCCUCAGCGGAGCCGGGCUCUCCACUGCAUCAGGACUGGCCGACUACCGCGGUCCACGAGGCACAUAUACACAGAACCGGAGCUACCGACCGAUCUACUUCCACGAAUUCGUCGACAGCCAUACAUCGCGACAGCGAUACUGGGCACGCUCGUUCCUAGGAUGGCGAGGUCUCAAACGAUCGAAGCCCAACGCCGGGCACGAGGCCAUCCGAGACCUAGGGUCAUUAGGCCUCGUCUCCCAUGUCGUCACCCAGAACGUCGACUCAUUCCACCCGAUCGCCCACCCUUCCCUGCCUACCGUUGAACUACACGGAUACCUACGCACAUUGAUUUGUCUGAGUUGCGGUCGUGAAAUGGAUCGUGCAGAAUUCCAAUCUCGUCUCGCCGCGCUUAAUCCCGCGUGGGCGGAAUUUCUCGCCGAGUUACUCAAGACCGGUGCACUCGAUACAGAAGAUCCAGUUGAGCGUCGGUCUCGUGGUUUCAAAACAAAUCCAGACGGUGAUGCCGAUGUUCCAGGUGCUCCGUACAGUACGUUUCGAUAUCCGGCUUGUCCUUCAUGUGUGAAGAGGCCGCCAGUAGUUGGGUCUUCGUCCUUCUCUUCUUCUUCCGGAGGAGGAAAAGGAGGAGGAGGAGAGAAACUCCACGUCCAAGUCGACGCCGACGGAGCAUGGAUUGAAAGCAACCAGGUCAAAAAAGGAGGUUCUUCUCCAUCUACAUCUACAACAACAGCACCAGGAAUCCUCAAACCCAACGUCAUCAUGUUCGGCGAAAGCAUCCCCGCACGCAUCAAAGCAGAAGCAGAAUCCGCCAUCGACAGUGCGAACCGUAUCCUAGUGGUUGGAAGUAGUCUGGCCACAUACAGUGCUUGGCGACUGGUGAAACGAGCAGCUGAUCGGUCCAUGCCAAUUGCAAUCCUUAACAUGGGCGGUGUUAGGAAAGAAGAUGCUUUUUUCAAUCAUAUCGUUCCGGCGGCUUCUUUUCAGGAGCAGCAGCAACAACAAACAACUAGCGCUAUGGCGCAAAGGUUUGCGAUUGGCGUGGAACAGGGAAGUGGGAAGACUGGUGAUUCGGAUUCUGGGUUGAAUUCGAGAUCGAGAUCGAGUUCUUCUGGUCUCGGUCCCGUUCGCGCCAGCUUACCUGCUGAAGAGAUUUUGCCUGGUGUUGUCCAGGAAGUGAAGAGGAUUUUGGGGAGUGGUCAUUGAUCCAUAUAUCAACGAGCGGAACAUGGACGGGGGUACGAACAUGGACAUAUAGUUAGAAUUACA